UACAAUGAAAAAGAUAUUGGUGGAUGGAAAGCCACAUCUGUGCUUAUUUGCAGUGAAAGACAUAAAUCCUGGAGAGGAAAUAACUUACAACUAUGGAGGGACUGACUGGCCAUGGAGGGAGAAGGCUAGCAAAGAAUCAUCUGUGACUGAGGCUGUCGAAGUUGAGCAUGCUGGCUCAUCAGAUCAAGCUCCGUCCAAGUCCUCCAAGAAAAAGGCUAGCAAAGAAUCAUCUGUGACUGAGGCUGUCGAAGUUGAGCAUGCUGGCUCAUCGGAUCAAGCUCCGUCCAAGUCAUCCAAGAAAAAGGCUAGCAAAGAAUCAUCUGUGACUGAGGCUGUCGAAGUUGAGCAUGCUGGCUCAUCAGAUCAAGCUCCGUCCAAGUCCUCCAAGAAAAAGGCUAGCAAAGAAUCAUCUGUGACUGAGGCUGUCGAAGUUGAGCAUGCUGGCUCAUCGGAUCAAGCUCCGUCCAAGUCCUCCGAGAAAAAGGCUAGCAAAGAAUCAUCUGUGACCGAGGCUGUCGAAGUUGAGCAUGCUGGCUCAUCAGAUCAAGCUCCGUCCAAGUCCUCCGAGAAAAAGGCUAGCAAAGAAUCAUCUGUGACUGAGGCUGUCGAAGUUGAGCAUGCUGGCUCAUCGGAUCAAGCUCCGUCCAAAGUCCUCCGAGAAAAAGGCUAGCAAAGAAUCAUCUGUGACCGAGGCUGUCGAAGUUGAGCAUGCUGCCUCAUCGGAUCAAGGUCCGUCCAAGUCCUCCGAGAAAAAGAAACAUCAUUCAAGGUCUUCACCUGAUACUAGCUCUUCUGAUGAAGACCAUUUGCUCAUCCCUAAGUUAAGAAGGACCAAAAGCAUUGUGAUGAACAAACUUGAUAAUUUGGAGUCCGAUGACCUAUUUGACCCUUCAUCAAAUGAGAGUGGAGAAGAAUAUGUUCCUAAAAGUAGUGAGGAAUACUCUGAAGAUACUGACACAAGCGAAAUUAUGGAAACUGACGAUCAGAAAAGACUCCUCCUCUGUCAUUUUAAGAAAGUUGCAGUUUCACCUCCCCCUGUGAUGAAGGAGAACAGUAAAGAUAAAUGUACGGAGAGGGGACUUCACAGGGGACGUUCACCAACAAAAAAGCAUGAAAAAUUUCAUAAAUCCAAAAGGCGACGUUUUAGUCCUUCACUCUGUCGCACUAAAUGCAUUGGUGAGGCUCAGUCAGCUGAUCAAAUUGGACGUUCAAGUGAAGACGACAGCUCUGCCACAUCAACACCUGUUGCAGAAGAUGAUGGUGUAUCUUACUCUUCAGUUGCAGAUGAUAGAUGUCCUAAAGUUUCUCCUGUCAUACCUGCUGUUUCAAAAAGUCAGGAUGGGUCACGUAUUUACAACAAAAAGCAGUACUGUUUGUACUGUAAACAGGGAUA